AUGGAGCAUAGGAUUAAGAACUGCCCUAGAAUGUCAGUUCAGGUGCCAGGCGUGGGCCGAGGUGGUGUUCAUCCACCAAGGUGUGGUCAGCUGCCACCAAGGGGUCGAGGGCAAGCUAGGGGCGGUAACGACAAUGGACGUAUGGAUUGGCUUGUGAAAUACCGAGCCACUUUGGAUUGCGCUGCAAAGCGAAUGGUGUUAAGAACGAUGGAGGAUAAGGAAGUGGUGGUGAUUGGGGAACACCAGAAUUAUCUGACAAAUGUGAUUUCGGCAUUAAGGGCUGAGAAGUUGUUUGAAUGGACGGACAAGCAGCAAGAGAGUUUUGGAAAGCUUAAGAAGGUCUUAACUGAGGCCCCUGUGUUGAUUCAGCCAGAGCCUGGGAAGGAGUUUACGAUAAGGAGUAAGCAAUUAGUGGAUGAGACUUUGGGUGCUCGUUUUAGACAAGUAGAGAAUGGGACGACGUCAGACUUUGGGAUAAAUAGUGAAGGAGUGUUGUGUUUCCGUGGAAGAAUGUGUAUACCAAAGGACGAUGAUCUAAGGCAGUCUAUUUUACGUGGAGCACAUAGCAGUCUCAAUGCUAUGCAUCCUGGUGAAAACAAGAUGUAUCAGAAUUUAUAUGAGCUUUAUUGGUGGCCUGGACUUAAGCGCGAGGUUAUAGAGUUCGUACAUAAUUGCUUGGUUUGUUAA